AUGAGAGUAGUGGUGGUACUUGGAUUUGAAAGGUGGUUCCUUGCAAAUCUCUUCAAGAAAGCUUCUCUAAAAUCGAUCCAUGACUCGAUUGUAGAGAGUGGCUCAUGCUGCGCCCAAUCUAGUGCUGGUCCAGCUAGUGAUGUGCUGAAUAGCAUCAUCUUCUUCUCAAAACGUCUCCAGGUCGGCUGCUUCAAGGUAGGAAGAAGUUUCUUCUUUGUCUUCAAAGGGAUGGUCUUGGAGGACUAUCCCAUGAAGGUGGUGGUGCUUGAGGGCUUGACAUCUCUUGUUCGCUCAAGAGGUGACUUUGAGGUGGUAUGUGGCGAAUUGGCAUCGCCUUUAUAG